GACUCAGUGGGCUCCCGAGGUGUCGUGUACCUUAUGUUUCAGGCUCGUGAGGCUCAGGCGGUCUAUUAUUCCGGAAGAUACUUGAUUGCCUUUAACACAGUCUAUGGGUUUACCGCACUGAUUUACACUUUGCUUCUCAAUUAUAUGUCAGUGUCGUUCGACGAAUAUACUAGACCAAACAUCGACGUACCAGAAAUGGCUCGGUUAUUUCAAAUAUCCAAUAGUUAAUGUACAAUAGCGUUGCCUCGAUGAGAAAACCACGGAAGAAAUAAACUCCCAGGUGGCAAGUAAUUCAGUAAAUCAUCGUCUUUAACCUUGACACAAUAGGCCUGUGUACGAGUUAAUCAUGAGAUUAGCAGGUCCACUAAGAGGAGUAGCAGUGGUACUAUUGGUCGGACUCACCUGGUUUUUGGCCAGCACGAUAUUCGGAGGAGACAGUGGCUCAUCAGUGCGACAUUUCUUUACUGGCGCAAGUGAGGAGCCAACAGCCGCAGAGCCUCGUCCCCGUAGGUAUAAAUGUGGCCUUUCGGCCCCAUGUCCUCCAAAGCACCUUGCGUUCCGUGUGGUGUCAGGAGCUGCCAAUGUGAUCGGACCCAAAAUCUGCCUGGAAGACAAGAUGUUGGUGAGCAGUUUGAAGGACAACGCUGGCCGAGGCAUUAAUGUCGCUUUAGUAAAUGGCGUGACGGGAGAGCUGCUAGAAACCAAGUCUUUUGACAUGUGGGCAGGAGAUGUCUCUGACCUGCUGAAAUUCAUCCGACCGCUCCAUGAGGGAACUCUGGUGUUUGUUGCGUCCUUUGAUGAUGCUGCCACUAAAAUGAACGAUGAAGCCAGACGACUGUUCGAGGAGCUGGGCAGCACGGCUGCGAAGGAGCUGGCCUUUCGAGACAGCUGGGUGUUCGUUGGCGCCAAGGGUAUCGAGAAUAAAAGUCCAUUCGAGCAGCGUAUGAAGAACAGUAAAGGCAGCAACAAGUACGAGGGCUGGCCAGAGUCUCUAGAGAUGGACGGCUGCAUACCUCUUCGCGCACCCCUGGAGAGCUAGCUCCCGUCUAGAAGUCCUCUUCCUUUUCUUCUGAGCAAGUCAAGUACAAAGAACGCCUGGAGCAGCUGACGUACUGCUCAUGAGCCCCUGAUCUUUCACUGUGAACCGUGCCUGAUAGACCUCACCAGCCGAUAAAGGCUUUGAAUAUUUCAACUUUAAUUUACUUAGACCAACUCUUAUGUUGUAUUUUUGCCCAUAUCAGACACUUUACCUUGGAUAUGUUUUGAUGGACUACAAUUUCAAGCAUGCAAAGGUGCGAAGACAAGAGGCGUUACUGCUUCAACUUUGGGCAGAAUUUAGUUGGUGUGCAUACUGAAAGAAUUAAAUAGAGUAAAUCUGAUGUUUCAGGAUUCCAAUGCAACAGGACAAGAGUCUGCACGUUUUUUUGCCACUGUAGGUGAAAACUGUUAAGUUCCUUUGCAGGUCUACAACUUCUGUGUCCUUCUUUUUUAUCUGUUGGCAAGACUAAUCACUUUCAUGACAUUUGCCGCUAUUAAUAGUCUUAUCAGUGAAAAUAAUACUAUAGAAAUAUUACCUAAGACAUUUAAUAAUCAGAUUUAUAUAUGAUGAUGAAUUUCUUUGACUACCACUACAUCAGUGCGUUGCUUCCUGUUCUUGUUCUCUAUAUGUACUUAUUGUUAUUUCAUGGACAUUGUUCUACUUUUUUAACCUCUAUUGGUACUGUUCGGUUUUGCAUUUAAUAGUAUCCGAAGAAAUUGCUGCAAAUCUAUGCCCAAUGUUUACAUUAUUAUUUUUUGCAAGCCAACCCUCGUACUAUUAUUUAUAAAUAUUAUUGUGGUAACUUGCUUUUCGCUUGUUUUACUCCAAUGUAUUCAUCAGACAUCUGGUUAUUCCAAAUCUUUGAUGUAUAUUGUAGGCACCAUUGGUGUAAAUGGUUUGGUUGGUGUAGUUGCACUCGUGAUUUCAGAUGCUGAUCAAUUCAGUGUAAUCUAGGGUCUUUGAAAUAAAUUUUAAAUGUCAUACUUUUC